CUUGUUUGAAUCAAUCAGUCAUAGGGGAGAACUGCAUCAGCAAGGUUGAGCUAUGAAUACCUGUAUCUCCUCAAUAUUGGUAGUUUUGGCCAUUUUAUCUUUCGCUGACUACUCCGUGGCAGACGGGGAUCGGCACCUAAAUGAGAACUUAAAUCAAGCGACUGUAAAGAAAACUAAGUAUGGUUGGCAAUGUGCCGGGGUGACGUGCCCCAUAAAGUUUACGGCAUCUUGUAAGGUAACCAAGAUCCUAAAGCCAUCUGACCUACAGCACACCGAGCUCCUGAUUUUAUGCAUGGAUAAAAACGAUAAGCCGAUGUGUGGGAUAACACGAACUCGCAAAGGCGAAAUACAGGAAGUUCUGGACGUGGACGAAAACGGAAAUACGAUAUAUGACAAAAAGGAGGUGAUUUCAGAGAAUGAUGGCACUAAAAUUCCUAGGUGCCCACGAAAUUAAAUGAUGCGCACUGAUCGAUUUCACACAAAUAUAUUUUAUCUACACAAGGUAUUUAACUUUAAAUGUUAUGGACUAUAAAAAUAAUGACACAUUUUUGUGGCAACCAAAUAUGGUUUAUAUAUCUUAUAGAAAAAGUAUUGGUAUAGUUUGGCAACUAGAGUGUGUAUAUAGAAUUGAAAAUAAUAGAACUAACAUAAUGUGCUACA